UUUGAACAAAACGAAGCAGAGCAACAGGAAAGUCAUACGACUGUGACUCCAAUUGAACAAAUGGCUGACGAUUCUCUUCAGUCUCAUCCUGAGAUAAGAUGUUUAUUAAAAGAAGCAGAAGAAAGAGUGAGCUCCAUCAACAAAAGAAUUGAAACUAUGGAAGGCGAACAACAACAGGAACAUAAGAAGAUAAGAGCUGCUCUAAACGACAAAGAAAAGGAAACUGAAGCAAUCAAUGAAAGGCUUCAACAGAUUGAGGAAAAUCAACAUGAGCAAAAUCGCCAGUUAAGAUCUGCUUUGGGCCGAGAAGAAAAACAUCUAUCAUUAGUUAAAGAAAGUUUCAAACAGAUUACAAAUCUUCAGAAACAAAAACAUGAUUCAAUAAGAUCUAAUCUGCAUGAAGAAGAAGAGCGUCUAAGAUCAAGGAUCGUGAACAGCUCAUCACGUUUCCAGACAGUGAUGAGGCCACUGAGAAGGGUGUUCAGGAGUUCCAAUAAUGACUUGAAUUGGACUGGAAACCAGAACCCCAGCAAUAAAAUUGAAUCUGACCAUGAAGACCAGCAUCAUGCGAUAAGAUCUGCUUUGGAACAGGAAAAGGAAAAGCUAGACUCACUCCAAAAAAGUAUUGAACAGAUUGAAGAAAUCCAGAGACAAGAAGAUCACCAAUUUACAUCUGCUCUUCAACUAGAUGAGAAGGAAUCUCAGUUACAAAGAGAAGAUAUCAAAACAGCAAACAUGCUUUCCCUUCAGGAAAGAAUCCAAAUAUUGGAAGAUUUUCAAACAGGUCUUAACAUAAGAUUUUCAGAAAAAGAAGAAAAAAUGAAACUUCUGCUAAAAAGGCUUGACCAGAUUAAAAACUUCUUCCAACGGCAACAUGAAGAGGUCAGCUUCCAGCAUGUUGAUGAAGUUCAGCAGCAGACACAUUCUGAGAGAAGAGCAUCUGCAGAAGUAAAGGAAACAGACUCACUCCUGCAAAGAUCUUCUUGUAAGAAAAAGGAAAGGGAAGCUGAAGUUUUCAAACAAAUACAAAAGGAGAAAAAUGAAGAACUUAAAGAGAUAAGAUCUAAACUUAAAGAACAGCAACGUGAAAUUGAAGACUUGCAGCGAAGAUUAAAUUAUGAAGAAAUGCAACAUCAAAACACAAGAUCAGCUCUAAAAGAAAAGGAUGUGGAAAUUCAAGACUUGAAAGAAAGGUAUUAAAAUGUUUUAAUGUGAAACACUGUAUUUUGGGG